AGCAUGGAAUCGUUAGCCCUGGCGUUGCCUAGGGCAGGCAUCGAAGAGCCGUUCGAAGUUGAGCCACCCCGGAUACCCACAGAAUGCGAGCCGACCCCGAUACUCUGGCGAGGGGGAACACCGCCGUACACAGUCACCAUUAUCUCGUCUCGACCUCCGCCCGUCACCGUCUUUCCUGACGUUGACGGCAUCGAUUUUAUCUGGACUGCCGACGUCCCCGCAACAUUCUCGGUCUCCUUCAAGGUCGAGGACAGCACUGGCGUCUUUGUCCAGACCAGUGAUGUUACGGUACGGAGAGGACUGGACGAAAGCUGUCUAAGCAGCGCGACUGCGUCUGAAUCCCAGCCGAGCGACUCUUCCACUUUGGCAUCGACAUCCUCACCCCCUCCAACCGCACCUCCAUCCCCACCUAUCUCAUCUGCGUCUCCUGAAACCUCAACGACCAGC